CCGAUGAAGACCCGGCGGGGCCGGCCUUCCCGCUGGGUAUGAGCCGCCGUCGCUAAGGAGCGGCGCGAAGAAGCGGCGCCUCCGGCGGGGCAGGAUGACCCACAUGCUGCAUGCGGCGGCCCGGCGGGUGCAAUGGAGCAGGGCGAGCGCCGCGAAGAGGGCUGCGUGCCUGCUGGCUGCGGCGUACGGGCUCAGAAUCCUCUACCCCAUCAUCCGCGGGCACGGGAAGCGGGCGGGCUGCAAGGGCGGCCCGCAGGACGCCGGCCGGGCUGAAGGGGGCCGGGAGGCGCCGCGCCGCCCCGGCAGCCGCGGCAGAGCCUCCCCGGCCGCCAACGCGGAAUUCUUCAAGCAGCUGCUGGAACUUCGCAAGCUCUUCUUCCCGAAGCUGGUGAGCGCCGAGCUGGGCUUGCUCUGCCUCCACUCGGUCGCUCUGGUUUCCAGGACCUUCCUCUCCAUCUAUGUGGCCGCCCUCGACGGGAAGAUCGUGAAGAGCAUCGUGGAAAAGAAGCCCAGGAGCUUUGUCUGCAAAUUAAUCAAGUGGCUGAUGAUCGCGAUCCCGGCCACUUUCGUGAACAGCACCAUUCGGUACCUGGAGUGCAAGCUGGCCCUCGCCUUCCGCACGCGCCUGGUGGAUCACGCCUAUGAGACCUACUUUGCCAACCAGACUUACUACAGGGUGAUCAGCAUGGACGGGCGGCUGGCCAACCCCGACCAGUCCCUCACCGAGGACAUCAUGAUGUUCUCACAGUCCGUGGCGCACCUCUACUCCAACCUCACCAAGCCCAUCCUGGAUGUUGUGCUCACCUCCUACACCCUCAUCCGCACGGCGCGGUCCCGGGGGGCUAACCCCAUCGGGCCCACGGUCCUGGCCGGGCUCGUCGUCUACGCUACGGCCCGCGUGCUCAAAGCCUGCUCGCCCAAGUUUGGCACGCUGGUGGCCGAGGAGGCUCACAAGAAGGGCUAUCUGCGCUUCAUGCAUUCACGCAUCAUUGCCAACGUGGAAGAGAUCGCCUUUUACCGAGGGCACAAGGUAGAAAUGAAGCAACUGCAAAAAAGCUACAAGGCUUUGGCAGAUCAAAUGAAUCUCAUUUUGUCCAAACGUUUAUGGUACAUCAUGAUAGAGCAGUUCCUGAUGAAGUAUGUCUGGAGUAGCUGUGGUAUGAUUAUGGUCGCUGUGCCCAUCAUCACCGCAACGGGAUUUGCAGAUGGCGAAUUGGAAGAUGGCCAGAAACAGGCAAUGGUUAGUGAAAGAACAGAAGCUUUUACUACAUCACGAAACUUGCUGAUUUCUGGAGCAGAUGCUAUUGAAAGGAUUAUGUCUUCAUACAAAGAGGUUACUGAGCUAGCAGGCUACACUGCCCGUGUCUACAACAUGUUUUCAGUCUUUGAUGAGGUGAAGAGAGGCAUUUACAAAAGAACUGCAGUUAUUCAAGGGUCUGAAAACAACAGCAAGAAUGAAGAUAAAGCAGAAUUACACAUCAAUGGGCCCUUAGAAAUCAAAGGGAAAGUUAUUGAUGUUGAUCAUGGAAUUAUUUGUGAAAAUGUUCCUAUUAUUACUCCAAAUGGCGAUGUGGUGGUUUCCGGACUAAACUUCAAAGUGCAGGAGGGGAUGCAUCUUUUAAUCACUGGGCCCAACGGCUGUGGAAAGAGUUCGCUCUUCAGAAUUUUAAGUGGUUUGUGGCCUGUGUACGAAGGAGUUCUCUACAAACCCCCUCCACAGCACAUGUUUUAUAUACCACAAAGGCCCUACAUGUCCAUUGGAACGCUACGUGAUCAAGUCAUCUAUCCAGACUCAGUGGAUGACAUGCACGAGAAAGGCUACCAAGAUCAAGAUCUGGAGUGUAUCCUGCAUAUGGUUCAUCUGUACCACAUAGUUCAAAGAGAAGGAGGCUGGGAUGCCAUCAUGGAUUGGAAAGAUGUCUUAUCAGGAGGAGAAAAACAAAGGAUGGGCAUGGCUCGGAUGUUUUACCAUAAGCCAAAAUAUGCAUUGCUGGAUGAAUGCACGAGUGCUGUAAGCAUUGAUGUUGAAGGAAAGAUAUUCCAAGCUGCAGAAGCUGCUGGGAUAUCCCUGCUUUCUAUAACACACAGACCUUCUCUUUGGAAGUACCACACUCACUUGCUGCAGUUUGAUGGACAAGGCGGCUGGCGUUUCGAGCAGUUGGACACCACUAUCCGUUUAUCACUGAGUGAGGAAAAACAGAGACUGGAAUCCCAACUUGCAGGAGUUCCUAAGAUGCAGCAGAGACUGAAUGAACUGUGUAAAAUCUUGGGAGAAGACUCAGCACUUAAAACAAUGGGCAAAGAGGAAUAAAUAAUUUAUGGUUUAUGUUUUUAAAAGUAUUUUUUUAGUUAAAAGCAUUACAAAUCCAGCCAUUAUCCUUUGCAUGCAUUGUGAUAGAGGCUUAGAACAUAGAGAAACACAGCCAGCAGAAAAUAAUACUCUGAAUGCUAUGUAAGACUUUAGCAUUUUAGUAUUAAGGAAGAAAGUGGUUGAACUGUGAAGAGAAAAUAAGCAAAUGCACAGAGUGUAAGAUUAGUCAUUGCAGCUUAUGUUAAUUCCUAGUGAAAGCCCGAUUCACUGCAAGAAAACUACCAACACACUUAGGUUUUGUAGGUGAAUUUUUGCCUGAGACUUGGCCUGCAGAAUGUGCUCUUGUACCAGGUCACUGUGUGCGUAUGAUAUGCCUGCUACGCAGAGCAAACCCGGCAUGAAACUCAGGCAUGGAGCACGGCAGAGGCAGCAUCUGAGUGAGUAUGCAGAUGCAUGCAAAAAUCUCAUUUGGGUAUAAGAAACAUUCUUUCAGCCCAUGUAAAACCAAACUCCUGUUCUACUACUGAAUUACAUACACACCUUUACUUCCAUA